AAAACAAAUCAUGCAAAACUAUCAUAUUUCUUUUGUGAUCUUUUGAUCUUUCUUCGCCAGUGUAAGGUGUUGGCGCUUUCCUCCGAUAUCUGUACUCUUUUUUGCUCCUCCGAACAACUGCACAAGCUCAAGAAAUGGCAAAGACCAAGGAAGACAGCGCCCCAGAGCGAGAAUCACGAGAAGGCUGCUGUAAUUGCCUUUGGCUUGUAACGAGCUGCGAAGGCCUACUCAAGCUGCUCCAACUACUCGCGACUUUUCUCUCCUUUGUGAUCAUCUGUGGAGGCCUGAAUUCUGCCAAAUAUAAACUUGAACCUAAAUACGACUUUAUGGUUUUUGUCGGUGUUACAGCCUUCGUCUUUGUCGGUUUGCAUAUCAUUCUCCGAAUGAUUCAUUGUUUUGAAAAACUACCAGGAUUUCUACUAAACCCGAUGGUUGGCGCUAUUUUGUGCACUCUGGCAUUUGUGGCUUUCGUUAUCGCCUCGUCAAUAGUCUACGCGUAUUCAUAUAACUGGGAUACCCUGUUGGCAGCGGCAAGUUGUGGUUUUAUCUCGGCUGGAUUGUUUUUAUUUGAAGCAAUUUUGAUGUUUAUCCGCUACAAAAGAGGAAGUAGAUCAGAUGCGCGGGAAACUACGGCACUUAAAUCACCUAAAACAGAGAAACUCACAGGAGACGAUAAAGAUGUAGAGAAACAAGAAGAUAAAAAGAAGGAAGAAGAGCCGAAAACUGCAGAAGAAUUAGGAUUUCCUCCAUAAACAUGCGAGCAAUGCUUUCCUAACGCGUAAUUUUGAGAAAGCAAAACACCGUGACCUUUCGCAACGGUGGGAUAUCGCUUAUGCGGUGAUAAUAAGUAUAUGUGAGAAGUAUGAUAAUGCGAUUACUGUAAACAAACAAGGCGUAAAGUGAUUAUGGAAAAUGUUUGUGUACAAUUUUAGCACUCCAUAGAAAGGAGAAACAACAUAUUUAGUGGUUAUUAUAAGUAAAAAGGACUUUAUGCACGUGAUAAUAUAUUUAGCAAACAUAGUUUCUCACAGAAGAAAUAAGUAAGAUAAUGUUGUUCUAAAACAUUCAAAGCAUUCAUAAUCUCAAUAAAAGCAAUAUUCCAAACUAAAA